AUGGCCGCAGUCAUCGACGAAGACGCCCUCGAGCCGUCUCUCCAGACUCUCCUCGACCAGCGCUCCCUCCGCUGGAUCUUCGUUGGCGGCAAGGGAGGCGUCGGCAAGACCACGACGUCGUGCUCCCUGGCCAUCCAGCUGGCCAAGGUCCGCCGCUCCGUCCUGCUCAUCAGCACCGAUCCCGCCCACAACCUGUCCGAUGCCUUCAACCAAAAGUUCGGCAAGGAGGCCCGCCUCAUCAACGGCUUCGACAACCUGAGCGCCAUGGAGAUUGACCCCAAUGGCAGCAUGCAGGACCUGCUGGCCGGCCAGGGCGAGAGCGCCGAGGAUCUCAACGCCAUGAGCGGGGGGAUUGGAGGCAUGAUGCAGGAUCUUGCCUUUGCCAUCCCCGGUAUCGACGAAGCCAUGUCCUUUGCCGAAGUCCUCAAGCAGGUCAAGUCCCUCUCGUACGAAACCAUCAUCUUCGACACCGCCCCCACGGGCCACACCCUCCGCUUCCUCCAGUUCCCCUCGGUCCUCGAAAAGGCUCUCGCAAAGGUCUCCCAGCUCUCCUCCCAGUACGGCCCGCUCCUCAACGGCUUCCUCGGCUCCAACGGUGCCCUGCCCAACGGCCAGAACCUCGGCGAGAUGAUGGAGAAGCUCGAGUCCCUCCGCGGCACAAUCUCAGAGGUCAACACCCAGUUCAAGGACGCCGAGCUCACCACCUUUGUGUGCGUCUGCAUCGCCGAGUUUCUCAGUCUCUACGAGACGGAGCGCAUGAUCCAGGAGCUGGCAAACUAUGGCAUCGACACCCACAGCAUCGUCGUCAACCAGCUGCUGUUCCCCAAGAAGGAGAGCGAGUGCGAGCAGUGCAACGCUCGUAGGAAGAUGCAGCGCAAGUACCUCGACCAGUACGAGGAGCUCUACUCCGAGGACUUCAACGUCGUCAAGAUGCCCCUGCUGGUGGAGGAGGUGCGAGGAAAGGAGAAGCUGGAGAAGUUUAGCGAGAUGCUGGUCAAGCCAUAUGUUCCGCCCCAGUAAGGGAGAAGAGGGGUUUGUGAGGAGAGAGAAAUAAUAGAUUU